AUGAACAAUUGUUUUUAUUCAAUUCCGAGAUUGGUCACCUCAUUUUUACAGUUGGACAAAUUUGGUCCCUCUCAGUCUCCACAAAUUUAUCCCUUCCACCAUCAUUCUUCUCCGUCACCUACUCCUUUAUCCCUUCCACUAUCAUUCUUCUCCAUCACCUACUCAGAUUCUUCAGUCUCCACCGUUUCUCAUCAGAUUCGAUUUAAUAUUGAUGACUCAACCUAUACUGAUACUUUGUACAAUAUGUGGACUUCUUUAUGUCUUCUUUUGGCUUCGCUUACUCCAUAUUGGUUGGAGAUCAGAUUCAAAAGCAUUAAACAUCUUUAA